AUGAGUUCUUUUAUCAUUGUUUCUGCUCAAGAGAGACUUCAUCGGAUUGAACGAAACGAGUCGAUGCCACCACCGAAUACCGAACUGGAGUGUGAACAUUGGACGGUAGAGGAGUGUAUGGACCCGGAAUCACGCCAACACAGGCAACGAUUUCUCGUUUCGCCCGGACAAGUCAUACCGCAGCAGUCUAAAACUCGCCGAAAUUCUCCAACAAGGAGAAAUGCAUUCUGUAGCCUAGAAAUAAAUGAAUACACAAUGCAAGGUUAUAUGCAACAAGCAAGAAAAUGCUUACAUUACAUGCAGUUUGGACACCCAAAACAGCAGAGGAAGCCUGUCUUCAUGUACGAUUUGUCUCAGGAUGAGCAAAAGGAAUGGGAAGCUGCCCGACUCAAUGAAGAAGUCGACUUAACUGAUGAUAUUGAUCCUGCACCUUUCCAAAUAGUAAGGAAGACGUCAUUGUUGAGUAUUCAUUCUAUUUUCUCGAUGCUACAGCUCAGCAAAGUGUAUGUCACGGGAAGGGGUCGUUUGAUCGGUGUUGUGAGCCUCAACGAUGUGAGUUAUGUAUACAGCAACGAAAAGUUAUAUGCGUGCGAAGAUGAUCUUGGUGGAUUUGUACAAGACGCGCAGCAAUCACAUCGAAUGUCAGUUCCAAAGGUCCUCUCUCUUACUCUUCUCAUGGAUAAGAACGGUUUGCGAGGUCUUCCACUGGUCUAG